GCCAGCCCCUUCCCUUCCAGACACGCGCGCGGGCCCGCAAUUCCCCUGGCGCUGCCUCAGCCUGCACUGCUCAUAUAGGAGCUUAGAGGAAGGUGGGAGAGUGCAACUCGGGGGAGCCACGCGACCCCGGCCUAGGAACAGGUAGAAUCCUGCGCGCUGUGUGUGAUGUGUGCUAGCCUCCGGAUGCUGAAAUGAUCCUGAGCAGGAGGGGUGCUAGGGUGCUGGCUGAUCCUGAGGUCGGCCGGAUGCGGGGCCCCGGCUGGGGAGGCUAGGGGGCAGGUCCCGCCUGGCUAUGGGUUGCUUGCAGAGCGUGGCGUGCAAGGCGCGGGUGCGCAGAGAGAACAUCGUGGUAUACGACGUGUCGGCCUCCAUUGAGCCGGGAGCCACCGCCAUCGAGGAGACAUCGCCCAUCGUGCUGCGCUACCGAACGCCCUAUUUCCGCGCCGCCGCUCGCGUCCUCAUGCCACCUAUCUCGCGCCGUCACACCUGGGUGGUGGGUUGGAUCCAGGCCUGCAACCACAUGGAGUUCUACAACACCUACAGCAACCUGGGCAUGUCAAGCUGGGAACUUCCAGACUUGAGAGAAGGACGUGUAAAAGCCAUCAGUGACUCUGAUGGAGUGAGCUAUCCCUGGUUGAACAACUUGUGGAAGAGAACAGAGGCAAAAUAGGAACAAAUAGUUGUCAGACACAAGAAAUAAGGAAGCAAGUCAGUUCAAAUGAUUGCAGGUUUAUUACAUGCUAAUAUGCUACAAGUUCUGCAUUCUCUAGAGUAGAAAAAGACUCACAACCAAAAAGGAUUAUGUAGGACAUCAAAUCCAACUCUCUGAUCGGUGUAAAUUAAAUAAUCCUCAGAUGGUAGCAGUCCAGCCUUUGUUAAACACAUCAGGUGAGUGAGAAGAAAUACUUCUGUCAAUAUUUCAUGAUACAGAUAAGUUACACCCAUUUAUUUUCUUGUCUCUAAUUUAGCAGGAGAAAAUUUAAAUUGUUUUUAGUAACCCUUACAAAUAUGGCUUGUUUUGGAUUGAAUGUUUGAUUCUCUAUUGCACUUUUCACCAAUUAUAAGAUUAAAUUUCUUAUACAUUCUUUAAGUCUUAUCUUAUUAAAGAACUUCCUAAGCAGCCAGGCUAAAUCCUUUAGAUAUUCCAUUUUCUCCUUAUUUGUAAAGGUUUUUAUUUAUUUAUUUAUUUGUAUCCCACCUUUAAUUCAAGAUGGUGAAUAUAUCCCACAAACCUUCCAUCUAUUUUCCCCACAACAACCCUGUGAGGUGGGUUGAGAUGAGAUAGAAUGACUGCUCCAAAAUCACCCAGCUAGCUUUCAUGACAGGACGUGAACUCAGGUCUCCCACUUUCUAGCCUGAUUUCUUAACCAAUAGACCAAACAGUCUCCCUUUUAUCCCUUUAUUCCUUCAGUUUUCAGAAUCAUUCAUCUUGUUUGUACUCCUUUCCUCCUUCCCUCAAAAUGUCUAAUUAUAAGAUUUUUUUGAUUUUUUUCUGAAGUUUUGAUAGCAAUUUUCCUAAAUUUCAGAAAGUUUACACUAAUUUCAGUUUUCUAACUAUAACAGCUUUCAAAAUCAGUUACCUUCCUCCAACAUUACUGUUAUUUUUACAUCAGCAUAUAGUUCUUCCCUACUUAUCAAAAUUAAUCCCUAGAAGAGCCGGUCCCUUUAUCCUUUUUUCCAUUUUCUGAUAAAUUAAAUCAUACAUUUAAUAUAUAAUGACAAAUAUAUUCCUUUUACCCACAUUUCUAACCUUAUUUGCCUGCCUAACAGGAUAAGUAGAGAAUCACAGAACUGGAAGGUUCAUUGUAGUCAAUCUCUUACAUAGUACACACAUCCAAAUUAGAUUCCCAGACAGUCUGGCCUCUGCCUAAACAUAUCCUUAUUGAAAUUGUUUCUACUUGUUUUCUGAAUAAUUGGUCCCAUUCUUCAAUUGCCCUAUUAGGAUUUUUUUUUAGUACUCAAUCAGAAUUUGCCAUAUUCCUUAAAUUAAACUCACAACUUUGUGUUCUGUAUUCUAGGAUGAUAGAAAGACUUAAGCUUCAUCUGCGUGGAAUUCUUUCAGAGUAUUUGAAGAUUGCUAUUAUAUCGAUUCUGUAAAUCAUACUUUGAUUGAUGCAGUUUAAUAUUGCAUUUGCCUUGAUAGCAGGUAUAUCACUCUGUUGAUUCAUAUUCUGUAAACUACUAUCUCAAGAUUUCUCCCACAAGUGCUGUUAUUAAGUCAAGUUUCCCCUAUCCUUUAUCUCUGCAUUUCCUAACAGGUUGCCUUCAGAAGUGGGUGCUUCAUCACUGGAGGUUUUUAAGAAGAGACUGGACAAUCACUUACUGUAUCUGAAAUGGCAUAGGGUCUCCUUAAGCAGGGGUUUGAACUAGGAGACCUCCAAGAUCCCUUCCAGCUCUAUUCUGGUUUAUUGAUAUUUUAAGUUCAAACCUCAGCAACUAAUGGUCUGCCCAUAGCAAAUCUAUCUUCUGUGACCACCAUAUUACUACUCCCUAAGACAACUUGGUCCAUAUGUAUGUGCAUUGCUUUUUGUUUUCUAAAUGAAGAACUUCACAUUUGCCCCAAAUAUAUUUCAUUCUGUUACUUUCACCCAAUUCUCUACUGAAACUAUUUUGAAAGUUGUUUACAAUAUUGAAUAUCCCUUGUGUCAUCUUGGAUUUGAUAAGCAUUUGUUGUACAAUCUUGACUUUAAUAAAAAUGUGAGAAGUUAGGGCCCAGGAAGGAACUUUGUAGUAUUCUGCUCAGUCUCAUAGCUUUAUAAACCAGAUUCCUUAUAAACCUUCCUAGAAUCUUCUCAAGUACUGAUUUCAGAGUGACUCAAGUUCUCCAACUCCUCUCUUUUCCACAAUACAAUUAACACUGGGUUUCCUCCAGUCAUCAGGUUCUUCAUACUUUCUCCAGAAUUUCUCAAAAAUAAUAUGCAUAAACGUUUUGAUCAGGCUAUCAGAAACUUCCUUCAGAACCUUAGAAUUUAAUCCUAGUCCUGGAGUUUACUCAAAGAAAAUAGAAACGUAGUCAGCAAAUACCUAUAGCUUUUAAAAUUUAAUUUUGCUUUAUUCUGUUGUUGUUGAACACCUACCUUUCUGUAAAAGAAACCAAAAUCAAAGCAGAAAGAGAUUUUUGUUAUUUAUUAGCAUUUUUCCUCAUGACUGAGAAACCAAUAUGAUUCUUGUCUCUUAAUCUGAACAUUUAAUUCCUUUGUAAACCUCAGUUCAUUUUAGCUUUGCUGGCACCUCUAGAAUUCCAGUCCAUCUGCCUAUAGAAGUAGUCCUCGAUUUAGAACUAUUAAGAACAGUUUGAAGUUAUGAGGGCUUCAGAAAAAGUGGCUUGCUGCUUAUCCUCAAAGUUACCACCAACCUCCCCUAUGGCCAUGUGAUCACAAUUUGGAUGCUUGGCCAUCUACUUGCAUUUGCAACAGUUGUAGCAUCUUGUGGUCAUGUGAUUGUGAUUUGCAACUUUCUGGCUUCUGACAAGCAAAGUCAAUGAGGAAGUCAGAUUCCUUCAAUGACCACGUGAUUCACUUAAUAACUUUGGUAAUUUGCUUAAUGACAGUGUUAAAAAUCAUAAAUUUGGAUCCAGUCACAUGAUGAUUUAUUAACUGCAUCAUGUAGCAACUGAAAUUCUGGUCCCAGUUGUGGUCGUAAGUCAAAGACUAUAUUUUCUUGGUGUCUAAACCCCAGGUAACUUUUUUUUCAUAUUUUAUAUUGUUAGAAGAAUGUUUUUUUUUUGUAACUACAGAGUCAAGGUUGACACAGCCUUCCAUCAUUCCAAAGUUGGUAAAAUGAGGACCCAGAUUGUUGGGGGCAGUAUGUUGAUUCUGUAAAGCACUCUGGAGCAUUAUAUAAGUCUAGGUGCUAUUGCUAUGUUACUAGUCUCCAUUCCCCCCUGCUCCCAAUUAUUUUUUGCAAUUGUGUUUUGAGGUUCUCGUUUUUAGGAGAAUCAUCUUGUGCUUAAUUUCCCAUUAGUUUUCUCAGCUGUGGGAACCUGUUCAUAAUUACUGCGUUUAUUCAUAUGUACUUUCUUGAAAUUCAAGAUACAUGCUUGACUACACUCAGCUUUAAUUUUCUUUAUAGUUUAGUUUCCCUUUACUUACCCCAAUCCCCUUAAGUUUCCCUUCACUUACUCCUGCUUUUUCUACUUCAUCACUUAAAUCUUCUGUACUGGUUAAUGUUGCAUAGCAUAGGGGUGAAUUAUGAAUUAUGUCUUUUCUGUAUCAGUGCCUGCCUUGUAGAACAUCAUUCCCCUGAAAAUAUGGAUGUCACCAACUCUUACUAGCCUUUUUAAAGCUCUGAACACCUGUCUUUGUUGCAUGUUUAUAAUUGAAAAGUGUCAUUUUCCUAGGGCAGUGAGGAUAUUCCUGGCAGAACUAUUCCUUUGUCUCAGAUUUUAUGUCAGGAUAACUAAAGUCCACAACUACUUCAUUCUUUUUUGAACUUACAUUUGGAAGGCACUUCUCUUUGGUUGGGCAGGCGAUAAAUGAACACCAAAAACUAUUGCUUUUAUUUGUAUUUCCAUUUAUUUUAACAGUUCUGUUAAAUUCAUUCACUUGGUUUUCUGUACACACCUGAAAACUUUUAAUAUACAGUACAAUCCUCUCUCUUUCUAUUACUUUUGAUCCUUUUGAAUAAAAUGUUGUAAACAUGGAUGUCAUCCCACCAGAUUAGAGUAUCUCUUUUUCUACCAAAAGGUUGAAAAUCUAUGUCUUUUGUGUGACUAUAAAACCUGUUUCUCAUUUCUGGCAGUGCAAAAUAACUUCUGCCUCAUUUGCUUAUUGUUGUCAUUCUUGUACAUUGAUCUUGAUUGUCUUGUUAUACUAAAUUGCUUCUUCUACUAUCAGCCAUUACAAUUUCCUUUAUUGGAUUAACAAAUCUUUGUCAUCAGGUGAGGUGCAUUCACUUGCUGCUCUGAUCCUUUAACUUUUUUUCAAGUGUUUCCUAUACAGAUAGUUCUUGACUUACAACCAUUUGUUUAGUGACUAUUUAAAGUUACAAUAGCACUGUAAGAAGUGACUUGUGACCAGUUUUCACACUUGCAACUAUUGCAGCAUUUCCAUGGUCAUGUGAUUCAAAUCUGGGAGGUUGACAACUGGCAUGUAUUUAUGAGAGUUGUACUGUCCAGGGGUCAUGUGAACACCAUUAAUAAUCUUCUAGCUGACUUCCAACAAAGUCAGUGGGGGAAGCCAGAUUUGCUUAACAAUUGCAUGAUUCACUUAAAAACUGCAGUGAUUUGUUUAACAACUGUGGUAAAAAGGGAGCAUAACUCACUUAAUAACUAUCUUACUUAGUGAUGGAAAUUUGGGGGUCAAUUUGUGGUCAUAAGUAGAAGACUACCUGUAAUCUCUUUAUUCAGCAGGAUAAAGGAGAACUCCUUUGAGAAAUAGUUACUCAGGAAGGAAAUAGUCACUCAGUUCUCUCAACAGGCAGUAGGAAACUUUGAGGACAAAUUUUCUAGCAAUCAGCACCUAUUCAGGAAAUGAGCUUGAGAGUCUUUACAACUGACUACACACUGUCCAUCCAAUUACAACUUACCUGAACCCUUCCUUCUUUUCCAUAACAUUACUUUUGUUAAAGUACACUACCAAAUCCCUGCUCUCUGUCUCUAUUCAUCUCCUUUGGCACAUUUUGUUGAAUCAUACUUUUAACUUAUGGUUUGGAUUCACUAACCUGCUCACCUCGAUGGCAGAUUUUGUCAUCCUAACUUUUAUUUUAGUCAAAUAAGCUGAAGUUUCAAGUGACUGUGUCCUCAGAAAAAUAUAUUGCACUAGUGUACAGAAUGAAAAUCCAUAAUUUUGUUCCAUAUGUAGAAUUGUGUUUAAAGUUCUUCCAAAGCUUGAUUUCCUUUUGCAUACGCCUAUCACAUCUAUGCCUCUGCAGCACAAGUUCUAGCCUCCAGCAGAGAAGUUAUUUGGGAUUUUCUUUCCAAAUACUUCCAUUGUAGGAGAAAAAUAAGUAAAUAGUUUCUGAGCAGCUUUGCACAUGGGGUCAGUAGAUAGCACCUCUGGAGUUUGACUUUCAAAUUAGAACCUACACUCCAUCAUUGUCUCUUGUCUCUGUAUUUACAUAGAAAAGCAGCCCUGCCAAGCCAUAAUUUAUGUAAUUUCAUAUCCAAUUCUGUAUUUGUGUUAUAUCAGGAAAUGAACACUCAUUGUGCUCUGGAUUGUAACAUAAACAGAUUUAAAUUGGGGUUGCAUUUAUUCUAUUUGAUUAUUUCUUUACAUUUAAUCUUUUUCAUUUGCACUGAGGGCUUCCUUGAUCCCAGGAAGCCCUCAGGACCAACAGGAGAAAGCUGCUGUCUGCCGGAGAGGAAAGCAUCUAACAAU